AUGCCUGGAAUAGAUGUCGAGAACAUUUCGAACCUUGGGGAAAAUCAGUUGAUUACUGAUGAUAGCGUUGUCCGGAAUAGUCUUUCAAAAGGCAGGGAAUUGACGCAAAGACUUCGAGCUACUAUCAUAGAAAACUCGAAGGCAAAUAGAGCGGAGCGCAUUAUGCGCGAAGGUACCAAACCCAACAAUUUUGCAGAAUAUGCAUCAAAAAUGCCCUCUCCCACUGCAGCCAGAAAUCCCACUGCAGCAGAAAAGCAAGCCAUGAUCAAGUGGAUCAAAGAGGAUGUGCAAAUGAAAGGAAUUAUUUGCAGAAAACUUUCGGCCGUCAUCCAAGGACUCCUGGACGAGUCGUCCACUGCUCAAGAGCAAUGGGACAUCCUUGCCAUGAAUUUUGGACACCUAGACAUGAGUUCUCAAUUUGAGUUAUGA